GGAGCGCGCCCCCAAACGAGUCGGGUGCGAGCCUACACGCUUUACGACCAACAGAGAGGAAGUCGGAGAUUGCGGGGAAAAAUCACGAAACAACCCAGACGAGCCUCAACGUGUGACAGCAGCCACUCUUAACCGGGAAAGGUGAACGGAAGCCCACUUCGGAAUAUGGACUAGAGGCGCUGAUGGAGGCGGUGAGAAGUUUGCUGUUGAUCGGGGCCGUGCUGCUCGGAGUGACGGGCUCGCUGGCCAGAGAAGUAUGCCUGGGAACAGACAUGAAACUGGCCCUGCCUUCUCGCUUGGAAAACCACUACGAGACUUUAAGGCUGCUCUACACUGGCUGCCAGGUCGUCCAUGGAAACCUGGAGAUCACACACCUUCAUGGACAGCCCGACCUCUCCUUUCUACAGGGGAUUGUCGAGGUACAAGGCUAUGUGCUGGUGGCCCAUGUCUCAGUGAGCCUAGUGCCUUUGGACAACCUUCGGAUUAUCCGAGGCAGUCAGCUGUACAAUUCCAGCUAUGCCCUGGUGGUGCAGGAUAACACUCUGGAUGAACAGGGUGGACUCAGGACACUUCGACUCCGUAGCCUCACAGAGAUCCUAUUGGGUGGGGUGUAUAUUUGGGGGAACCCCCAUCUCUGCUUCCCUGAGCCGGAGAACAUUCAGUGGAGGGACACUUUGGACGAACAGAACAUCCAUGCCAAGCAGUACAGACUGCAACCUCGGGCUUCUAACUGUCCAAGUUGCGCACCUGCAUGUAAGAACAGCUGUUGGGGAGAAACUGAACAAGAUUGUCAAACUUUGACGCGUAUUAGUUGUGCAUCAGGCUGCCAGCGGUGUAAAGGCCCCCUGCCCAAUGACUGCUGUCACAUGCAGUGUGCCGCCGGGUGCACAGGACCCAAAGAUUCAGACUGUCUGGCGUGCCGACACUUCAAUGACAGUGGUGUGUGUAAGGACAACUGUCCUCCGCCCACCAUCUACGAUCCCGUCACCUUUCAGACCAAACUCAACCCAGACAAGAAGUUCAACUUCGGAGCCACCUGCGUCAAAACGUGUCCCUAUAACUAUCUGGCUAUGGAUGUAGCGUGCACGUUGGUUUGCCCCACAGCCAACCAGGAAGUCAUCAUCUCCCAUCCUGAUGGGGACGAGACACAGAAAUGUGAAAAAUGUGAAGGGGACUGUCCCAAAGUGUGCUACGGUCUGGGUAUGGACAACCUUGGCGUCAUGGACAAUCACGGUGUCACCAUGGUAACGUCUUCUAAUAUAGAGCAGUUCAAUGCCUGUAAGAAGAUAUUUGGAAGUCUGGCUUUCCUCCCUCAGAGCUUUACUCGGGACACCGUUACGAACACAUCUGGCCUGACUCUCGAGCAGCUCAGUGCCUUCAAGAACCUGGAGGAGAUAACAGGUUAUUUGUACAUCGAUGCUUGGCCAGAAGACUGGACUGACCUGUCUGUGUUUGAGAACCUGAAGGUGAUCCGAGGCCGAAUGCUCUACAAGGGUGUGUUUUCCCUGGCUGUUCAGAAUCUGCACAUCCAGUCUCUCGGGUUGCGUUCACUACGCAGCAUCAGUGGAGGUCUGAUCUUGUUACAUAACAACUCUCAGCUAUGCUACACCAACUCACUGCCAUGGAAGAGCCUCCUCCAUCCCACCCAGGGGCCCCACUAUAUAGUCAACCACAACCAAGACCCACAACUUUGUGAGGCUGAGGGGCGUGUUUGUCACCCGCUGUGUAAAGGCGGCUGCUGGGGGCCGGGGCCCAGCCAGUGUGUAUCCUGCAAGACUUUCCGGCGUGGCACUGAGUGUGUCGAGCAAUGUGACCUCAAUCAGGGGCCAGUACGAGAGUACAUCGAUGGAUUCUUGUGUGUCGCCUGCCAUGCAGAGUGUCGACCUGUUAAUGGCUCUGCCUCCUGUUACGGCCAGGGUGCAAACCAGUGCACAGAGUGCCAGAACUUUCAGGACGGCGAGUCUUGUGUAGAUCACUGCCCCAGUAGUGUGAAGGAGGAUCAGCAGACUGUGUGGAAGUACAGCAAUGCCACAGGACACUGUUUGCCCUGCAACACCAAUUGCACACUGUCCUGCACUCAGAUGGAUGAGAGAGGCUGUCCUAUCCAUACCAAGACAGGACCGGCCACAACUAUCGCAGCUGCUGUCGGUGGUGUGGUCCUCUUCUUCAUCCUACUGGCUCUGCUCAUCUUCUACCUGAGGAGGCAGAAGAAACUGAAAAAGAAGGAGACCAUGAGGAGGAUCCUGCAGGAGCAUGAGCUGGUGGAGCCUUUGACACCCAGUGGGGCUUCACCCAAUCAGGCUCAGAUGCGCAUCCUAAAGGAAACAGAGUUAAAAAAGCUCCGGGUUCUGGGCGCUGGAGCUUUUGGUACUGUUUACAAGGGAAUCUGGACACCUGACGGGGAAAAUGUGAAGAUACCAGUAGCCAUCAAGGUUUUAAGAGAAAACACCUCACCAAAGGCCAAUAAAGAGAUCCUUGAUGAAGCGUACGUAAUGGCAGGUGUGGCCAGUCCAUACGUGUGUCGUCUACUGGGCAUUUGUUUGACCUCUACGGUGCAGCUGGUCACUCAGCUCAUGCCGUACGGCUGUCUCCUUGACUACGUCAGGGAGAACAAGGAUCGGAUUGGCUCCCAGUUCCUCCUCAACUGGUGUGUCCAGAUUGCCAAGGGGAUGAACUAUCUUGAGGAGGUGCGCCUGGUCCACAGAGAUUUGGCAGCCCGAAAUGUUCUGGUGAAGAACCCAAACCAUGUGAAGAUCACAGACUUUGGCUUGGCCCGCUUGCUUGAUAUAGACGAGACAGAAUAUCACGCAGACGGGGGCAAGGUACCCAUUAAAUGGAUGGCAUUGGAGUCUAUCCUACACAGGAAGUUCACACAUCAAAGUGAUGUAUGGAGCUAUGGAGUGACAGUGUGGGAGCUGAUGACGUUUGGCGCUAAACCGUAUGACAUGAUCCCUGCCAGAGAAAUCCCAAAUGUAUUGGAGGGGGGAGAGCGACUGCCACAGCCUUUCAUCUGCACCAUCGAUGUCUAUAUGAUCAUGGUUAAAUGUUGGAUGAUUGAUCCAGACAGCCGACCCAAAUUCAAAGACCUGGUGAAUGAUUUUUCCGCCAUGGCCAGGGAUCCAUCUCGCUAUGUAGUCAUCCAGAACGACGAGCAGAUGAGCCUGUCAAUCCCAGUGGACAGCCAGUUUUUCCGGAUGCUUCUCGAAGAGGACGGGAACAACAUGAGGGAACUGCUGGAUGCCGAGAAGUAUCUGGUGCCUCAACCCAACCUCUUCCCCAGGGCUCAGGGAGACGGGGCCCAAUCAAACGGGCUGUCCAGGCACCAAUCAUACAGGCAGCAGAGCAGCGAUCAGGGCUUAGAUGUUGAGCCACCCGUGACUGCAGCAGCCCAUCGGAGCAUGUACUCCUCCCUCAGCACUCUGGGCCGCAAUCAGUACCCGACCCUGCCAGUAGGAGCCAGCCCCUCCAACGGCACCUGGACCCCUCACUACCACACGCUGGCACGUAGCACCUCUGCCGGUGGACAGUCAGACUCAGUCUUCUUGGACGGGCCUCAGGAUGACUCGUCGCUGCCCCCGGCCAGCCCAGGGCGCUACUGCAAGGACCCUACCUAUGGGAGCCAGGGCGAGCUCGAGACUGAUGGACCCAACGGCUUCCUUCAUCCUCAACAUCUUCAUCACUCGCUGCCCAGACAAAGCCACGGCUACAGUCACAAUCACGCCUUGCCAGAGUACGUCAAUCAGGAAGUCCAUGAGCUCAGGCCCGAGCGACCCAGCACGCUGCCUCGCAAAGUCUCCAAGGUGGACAGACACCUCCCCAAUGGCCUAAUGUCUGGCCACAGUGUGGAGAACCCAAGAUACUUGGUCCCCACUAGCUCACCUGCCUUUGACAAUCCGUACUACCUGGACCUUGUGGCCAAGGCAAGAGCCGUUGCCAGUGCUGCAGCAGCGGAUGACCAGGGGGAACUCCAGCGAGAAGUACCGAGGCAAAUGAAUGGAUUUGUCACACCGACGGCCGAAAAUCCAGAAUAUCUGGGCCUAGCGGACACCUGGAGUGGGCACACUUGAACUUUAAGGGAAGUGAAAGACAAUAUUUAUGCGGCUGGACGUGUUGUUUUUGUUUUUGGGCAAUUGUGCAAACAAGUAGAGAGCAUCCAGUCAGUCACCAAAUUAGAAGGUAAUGACACACAGUGACUCAGCACAUUCAUUCGGUUUCCCUGGUGACAUUUGUAUUCCUCUCAACAACCUGCCCCUAUCUGUAAAACUCAGCCUCUGUAAAUAAUUCACACUCCAAAUGGAGAAGUUUGAAGAAUGAAUUUUGUUGCAACUCACGACCAAAGUGAGGCAUGAUAUGCAUUGAAGGGAAUGUUUAAUAUUCCACUCACCAUCUUCCCAACCUGAUGGGGUUCUUUCCACAUGGUCAAAGACGUUUUGUUGGGAUCAGAGGGGUCCCUGUGCAGGCUCAUCUGGUGAGCGCUCCCUUAAAAGAAUGGCCUGCUGUAUGUUGAAGACGGGGGCAUUGUGCUGCAGUGGCGCAUACUCGCGUGUGUGCGUCUGUAGCUACUUUGUGGUAUUUUUCAGUGUCAAAAAAACAAGAUUUCCGAGACAUUCAGGGAUUUUUGCAUUUGCACAAAGCAUAAUGUCGUUUUCCCUCCGUGCUUGUGCUUUAAGUGGCCAUUCACUGUGCAGAGAGGCCACUGGUGAAUGUAUUCCAAGCAUUGUGAAGAAUUAACGUGUGUGUUAAUGUGUUAAAUGUAGACACCGCAGCAGCAUGCGUUUCCUGAGGCAGGUCGCGUUGGGUUGUCAAUGCAUCGCUCAAAUUCCUCCCAGCAACACGCACAUACACACACUGGCAUCCCAGUUAAUAAUCAACUGCCGUUUCUGUCAACUGUUGGCCAGAGGGAGGUCAAAGCCAGUCAAUGGAGACAUUGUCCAACAUGCCUUAACCACCAAUGGCCUCGCUACAGAUGAGCUUAAACAAUUCUUUUUUUCUUUUUUUUUCUUUUUUCUUUUUUUUAAAGUGUACAAUUUGGUUGACAAGGUACAAUCACAAGCUAAUCUACCGCUGCAAACUUUCACUAGUACAUGGACACGCAGAAACGUUUCUAAAUCUUUAGUGUGCUAAUUAUGUAUAAUUCUACUGACAAAAAGGCAGCCUUUCACGGUGACAUUUAAGCUGUUUUAAACUAAUUUCUCUCAUAGAAAAUGUUUUUUUGCAUUGAAACAUUUAUUAUUGUGAACAUUGUUUUUGUGUUUUGUGUGAUGACAGCGCAUAAAAGCUAUUUCAGUGGUUUUAUGUACGGUAUUUUUCAAAAUAUAUUUUAAUUUUUAAAAAAUAAACCUAAAUGACAUAAAUUUAGCAUUUUUAACAAGGUGCAACAAGCAAAAGAAACUUUUUUUUAAUAUUAAAAAAAAAUGUUUCUUUUGCCUGUGCGUGUGUGUGUGGGGGUACAUACACUCCUGAUCAAAAUCUUAAGACCAGUUGAAAAAUUGCUAGAAUUUGCAUUUUGCACAUUUGGAUCUUAAUGAGGUUUUAAGUAGAGCUACAAUAUGCAAAAACAAGAAGGGGGGGUGAGACAAAAAGCACUGUGGAAAAGUAAUUUAUUGAAAACAACAAUUAAACUGAAACAGGCUAUUUAUCAGCUGAUCAAAAGUUUAAGACCACAGGCUAUGAAAGCCCAAAUUUGCUCAAAAUGUUCAUUUUCUGUCAGGCAUUCACACUGUCAUGCCCUCCUGAUGGCUAAAGCUAAGAAGCUUUCUCUUUUUCAACGUGGUCGUAUUGUGGAGCUGCAUAAACAAGGCCUCUUGCAGCGUGCCUUUGCUGCUGAGGUUGGGUGCAGUAAAUCAGUCAUUCUACAUUUUUUGUAAGAUCCUGAGCAUUAUGGAACAAAAAAGUCAAGUAGGAGACCCAAAAAAAUCACACCUGCGCUGAGCCGGAGGAUCCGAUUGGCUGUCCAUUAAGACACAGGGUGGUCUUCGACACACAUUAAGGCCCUUACUGGUGCCAACUGUAGCGCAAUAACCAUCAGACGGCAUCUGUGGGAAAAGGGUUUAAAAAACAAAAGACAAAUUCAAAGACCUCGUCUCCUUCAACGUCACAAAAGUGCCCGUUUAGACUUUGCCAGGGAGCAUCAAACAUGGGACACUGAAAGGUGGAAAAAGUUUUAUUUUCUGAUGAGAAAAAAUGUAACCUUGACGGUCCAGAUGGCUUCCAAUGUUACUGGCAUGACAAGGAGAUCCCACCUGAGAUGUUUCCUACCCGGCACAGUGGACUUCUUCAGGGAGAAUCACAUCACUCCUUUGGACCAUCCUGCAUGUUCCCCUCAUUUAAAUCCCAUAGAGAACAUUUGGGGAUGGAUGGCAACAAGGGAAGUUUAUAAAAAUGGCCAUCAGUUCCAGACAGUUGAUGCCCUUGGUGAAGCCAUCUUCUUGGAAACACUCGCAUCAAGCAUGCCCAAACCCAUUUUUGAAGUGGUGAACAAGAACGGUGGAGCUACUCAUUACUGAGUCCUACUGAGAACAUUUCUUGUUCUGGUUUGGAGAGGGGUUUUUUGUGUUUUUUUAGAUGCGAUGGUCUUAAACUUUUGAUCAGCUGAUAAACAGCCUAUUUCAGUUUAAUUGCUGUUUACAAUAAAUUACUUUUUCAAAAUGCUUUUUGUCUCACU